AUGAACUUUUCCUCGCUGGGACUGAACAUGCCAGACAAUAUCACGUUGAAAAAUCGAAUAAAAAAUUUAUUUGAAGUAUUUUACGACUGCAUCGAAGCAAAUGAAUUUACGUCAAAUUUCAGACAUUUCAAUUUUCUUCCUGAAUGUGAAGUCCAGGAAGUUCGUCAUGCCUGCUGCGUGAACAUUUUGUUUCAAUUAUUGAGACAUCAAGAAAAUAAAUCAUCUUGCAUACUGUUGUCAAAUGAGUGGUUGGAAGACUGUGGAGACGUGAACCGCCUUGUCACAAUACAAUCGUUCACUUACAUGUUGUUACUGACAGCCGCGACGGAAAAAAAGAGAAUAUUUGGAAGAAAACGAAGAAAUAAAGCUAGAAAGCCCCAAAAUCAGACAUAG